GGAGUCGGAGCAGGGCAAGGAAGAUCAGGAUUAUGAGGGAGGAUAACACAUCAGUAAUGGAGGAUCAGAAUGAAGAUGAAUCUCCAAAGAAAAAUACCCUAUGGCAGAUAAGUAAUGGAACUUCAUCCGUGAUAGUCUCAAGGAAGCGACCAUCGGAAGGAAACUACGAAAAGGAAAAAGACUUGUGUAUUAAAUAUUUUGACCAGUGGUCUGAAUCAGAUCAGGUUGAAUUUGUGGAACACCUUAUUUCACGAAUGUGUCACUAUCAGCAUGGACAUAUUAACUCUUAUUUGAAGCCCAUGUUACAACGGGACUUCAUCACUGCUUUACCAGAGCAAGGCUUAGAUCACAUAGCAGAAAAUAUCCUUUCCUAUCUUGAUGCCAGAUCGCUCUGUGCAGCAGAGCUGGUGUGUAAGGAAUGGCAGAGAGUCAUCUCUGAGGGAAUGCUAUGGAAGAAAUUGAUUGAGAGAAUGGUGCGCACUGAUCCACUGUGGAAAGGGCUCUCUGAAAGAAGGGGUUGGGAUCAGUACCUGUUUAAAAACAGACCCACAGAUGGCCCCCCAAAUUCAUUUUACAGGUCAUUAUACCCAAAGAUAAUACAGGAUAUAGAGACUAUAGAAUCUAACUGGCGAUGUGGACGACACAACUUGCAAAGAAUUCAGUGCCGCUCUGAAAAUAGCAAAGGUGUCUACUGUUUACAGUAUGAUGAUGAAAAGAUCAUCAGUGGCCUACGGGAUAACUCCAUCAAGAUUUGGGAUAAGACAAGCUUGGAAUGUUUGAAAAUAUUAACAGGGCACACUGGCUCCGUUCUCUGCCUGCAGUAUGACGAGAGAGUCAUUGUAACUGGAUCUUCGGACUCUACAGUGAGAGUUUGGGAUGUAAACACAGGCGAAGUUCUGAAUACGCUGAUUCAUCACAACGAGGCAGUGCUUCAUUUGCGUUUCAGUAAUGGCUUAAUGGUGACAUGUUCAAAGGACAGGUCCAUUGCUGUUUGGGAUAUGGCAUCACCUACUGAUAUCACCUUACGUCGUGUGUUGGUUGGCCAUCGUGCUGCUGUUAAUGUUGUAGACUUUGAUGACAAGUAUAUUGUCUCUGCAUCAGGUGACAGGACCAUUAAAGUCUGGAGUACAAGCACAUGUGAGUUUGUUCGUACUCUAAAUGGGCACAAGCGUGGCAUUGCAUGCCUUCAGUACAGGGAUCGACUAGUUGUGAGUGGAUCAUCAGACAACACCAUUAGGUUAUGGGAUAUUGAAUGUGGUGCCUGUUUAAGAGUACUAGAAGGCCAUGAAGAACUGGUUCGAUGCAUCAGAUUUGAUAACAAGAGAAUUGUUAGUGGAGCCUAUGAUGGCAAAAUUAAAGUUUGGGACUUGCAAGCUGCUCUUGACCCUCGUGCCCCAGCCAGCACACUAUGCUUGCGUACAUUGGUGGAACAUUCAGGACGUGUGUUUAGACUCCAGUUUGAUGAAUUUCAGAUCAUUAGUAGUUCCCAUGAUGACACAAUUCUGAUUUGGGAUUUCUUAAAUGUGCCACCCAGUGCCCAGAAUGAGACACGCUCUCCAUCCAGAACAUACACUUACAUCUCCAGAUAACAGUCUGCACUUUACUAGCCUCAUAAGGGUUCCACAAUCUUGAACUACUGGAUAUCCGGCUACUACAUGCCUGAAGAUGUUG